AUGGAAUUUACAGACAGCUCGCUAGAGUACUUCCAAACCACUAACGGUAGUGAUAUGUGCACUAGUCAGGGCAGCCUUGCCGAUCCCGGCUUCGGGGCAGAUUCCGAUCUACUAAGCUACGCGAUGCUGCCAGGAGAAUUCCAUUACGAACAACCGUACCCGAUGCAAGAAGGCAAGAAGGACGAAUCCCAGAAAUCACUAAGGGGGGACAAUAAGACGAAGCACGCGAACAACAUAGUCUUUAAACAAGAAGAUAUCCCCACCACCUCACACAGCCGCCGGUCGUCGCGAUCGAGCAUCAAGCUCACGAGCGACGAAUCGUCACUCGAGAAGCGCGAGCGAAACCGCCGAGCGGCCAACAAGUGUCGGAAGAAGCAGAAGCAGGCGAACGAGGAGCUGAAGGAGAAGGCGCGGAUCAUGGACGAGCAGCACAACCUCCUGGUAUCGCACAAGGCACUGCUCGAGUCGGAGAUGAUCGAACUCAAGAACGAACUCCUCAUCCACGGCGCUUGCGGCUGCGAGCCCAUCAGCGCCUACCUCAUGCAAGCCGCCAAGAAGUACGCGACGGGUCGCGUGGGUGAGGUCCAGCAAGCGGAACAGCGACCGUCGUCGUCUGCGUGUCGCUAA